GAAGAGCUCGGUGAGCCACGCCGGCUACCAGGCCACAGUGCCCCCCUACACCCCUCCUCGCCGCGGGGCCCCGAUGCGUAUCCAGGGUCGGAGUCCGCCGCCCCGAAGGCAGGGGGCGGGACCUAGAGCUCCCAGGGCCGGGGCGCGUCACCGGCGCCCUCUCCGGAUUGGCUCGCACGGCGGUCACGGGUCCGGCGCACUCGGAUUGGCGCCGCCGGAGGCCGGAGCCGGAGUAACGGGACUUGGGGCCGCGGGUCGCAGUCCCCAAGCCGGAGGGGCUGGCGUCGGCGCCGAGCCCAAGGCAGCAGGUAGGCGCCUGGCCAGGAGGCACUCAUCAUGCCUUACCUGCUCAUCAGCACCCAGAUCCGCAUGGAAGUGGGCCCCACACUGGUGGGUGAUGAACAUUCAGACCCGGAGCUGAUGCAGCAUCUGGGGGCCUCAAAGAGACGUGUCCUGGGAAACAACUUCUACGAGUACUAUGUCAAUGACCCUCCUCGCAUAGUCCUGGACAAGCUGGAAUGCAGGGGCUUCCGUGUGUUGAGCAUGACGGGGGUGGGCCAGACGCUGGUGUGGUGCCUGCACAAGGAGUGACCUUCGCAUGCUGAGGGACAGACGGAGCACCCCUUCUGCCAAGUGGCUACCAUGGGCCCUGCCUCCCAAGCCCCUGUCUCACUGACUGCGCUGCUCUCCUCUUCCCAAGUCGUCCCUUUCCUCAGCCCAGCACUGAUGGGGGCUGACUGGCCUUCUCUGAAACCCUCCCUCAUCAGUGGGGGCAGGCAGGGCCCCUGCCCUGGGGUAUGCGGCUGCCCCUCCAGCUGCAGGCCUGGCCUGAGGGCCUGGGAGUAGGCCAUGUGCUGUGGGCAGGUUGAGGGGCAGGAGGAUGGCCCCAGGCCCUGGGUGGGUGGGUCCCACGGAGCUAGUCCAAGCUAAUAAAGGGUCAUGAUGGGUGGUUGCUCCUCUGCUCUCACACUGACUCUCCCUGCAGGGAACCUUUCCCUGGGGGGGUCGGCCCACUCCCAGGAGGGAGGCCCAGGCUGGGUGGGGGCCUCUGGGACAGAGCCUUGAAACCAGGGCCAUGCUUGGGCAGGCCAGCACCCUACACCCAUGUACUUAA